UCCGCUUCUCGCCAGGAUUAAGCGAUUAACCCACCCAGCAAGCAAGCCGACGAGCGCCACCACGCACCAGGCACGCACGCGCCACCGCCCCGUAUAUAUACCUCGAUGCGUCCAGCCAAAGCAGCCGGUGAGGGCGCGCGGUGAAGAACCCAGCCGAGGCCGACCACGAGCGAGAGCGGACGCGCGCGCGGCAUGGCGAGGGCGGGGUGGGGCUCGCUCUUCGGCUGCUUCGGCUCCUCCUCCCACGGCGGCGGCGGCGGCGCGAAGAAGAAGGGCGGGAAGAAGAAGAAGAGCAAGAAGCCCAAGGUGGCGGCGGCGGCGGGCGGCGGCGGCAGCGGGAAGCCGCGGCUGCAGAGCCGGCUGUCGUUCACGGAGCUGAGCGGGAUGGUGUCGCCCGAGGACCUCUCGCUCUCGCUCGUGGGCUCCAACCUCCACGUCUUCACCAUCGCCGAGCUGCGCGCCGUCACCCGGGACUUCUCCAUGACCAACUUCAUCGGCGAGGGCGGCUUCGGCCCCGUCUACAAGGGCUACGUCGACGACAAGACCAAGCCAGGACUCCGCGCGCUGCCCGUCGCCGUCAAGCUGCUCGACCUCGAGGGCGGCCAGGGACACACCGAAUGGCUGACCGAAGUCAUCUGCCUGGGGCAGCUGCGGCACCCUCACCUCGUGAAGCUGAUCGGCUACUGCUACGAGGACGAGCACCGGCUGCUUGUCUACGAGUUCAUGACCAGGGGCAGCCUGGAGAAACAUCUGUUCAAAAAAUACGCGGCGUCGCUGCCAUGGUCAACACGGCUGAAGAUCGCCAUUGGCGCUGCCAAAGGGUUGGCCUUCCUCCAUGAAGCCGAGAAGCCGGUCAUCUACCGGGACUUCAAGACCUCCAACAUCCUGCUCGACUCGGAUUUCAAAGCCAAGCUGUCCGAUUUUGGUCUCGCCAAGGACGGGCCGGAAGACGACGAGACCCACGUCUCGACACGAGUCAUGGGCACGCAGGGCUACGCCGCGCCGGAGUACAUCAUGACCGGCACGCCACCUGACGGCGAAGAGCGACGUGUACGGCUACGGCGUGGUGCUGCUGGAGCUGCUGACGGGGCGCCGGUCGGUGGACAAGAGCCGGCCGCCGCGGGAGCAGAACCUGGUGGAGUGGGCGCGGCCGUACCUGACGGACGCGCGCCGCCUGGACCGCGUCAUGGACCCCAACCUCGCCGGCCAGUACUCCGGCCGCGCCGCGCAGAAGGCCGCGGCGGUGGCGCACCAGUGCGUCAGCCUCAACCCCAAGUCCCGCCCGCACAUGUCCGCCGUCGUCGAGGCGCUCGAGCCGCUCCUCGCGCUCGACGACUGCCUCGUCGGGCCCUUCGUCUACGUCGCGCCGCCGGAGGAUAGUAAUAACAACGACGGCGACGGGGCUGCGGGCAAGAGGGGCACCCGCGGGAGAGGCCGGAGGAAGUCCAGCGAUGGCGCGGCGGCCGUCGUGCGGCCGGAGUAGCUAGAUUGCUGGUCAUCCAUGAUACUAGAUGGUAUGGGCUUGCAUUGCUUGCUCGCCCUGUCUCUGUAUUGUUGCUGCCUGUAGCAGCUGGCUGAGCUACUGAUCAAGCCAGCGUUUGUGUAAUCGAAGCAGGCUGCGUUUGGCAUGUGUACAAGAGGUUUUGAAGCGUGUACUGUACAUAGGAGCAUCUCACACUUACAUGAGCAUGCAGAUGUUUACGUUC